UCUGUUUAAUUGAUUUGGAUGCAUAAAUUGGGGUGAAGAUAGUCGUUUCUCUGUUAAUUGGAUUUUUGGUAUGUAAAAAAUGUGAUCUUUUUUAUCUAUUUUUAUCGAUUACCUUUGCAUUGUAUUGAAUGAGCUUAUUUAUAGGCGUUUCUCUUUCUUAAAUGUGUGUGUUGUGUCUGUUUGUGUAAUUCCAUAUGUUUGAAAUGAACUUAUUUUGUGUGAAAUUUUGAUAUUUGAUUUAUUCUCGUUUUCUGGGGAAUUUUCCUUUAUAAUUUGUCUAUGCAUCUUUGUAUGUAUGUUGUUGUUUGUUUACAUUUGUAAUUGCCAAAAUCCAUUGUUUAGAAAAUGUAUGGAAUUCUUACAGUAGAAAUCUAACUCUUUCAGCUGUGUUAUGCUGAAUGCAAACUGAUUAUAUCGAUUAUUGGAGACUCUCGAUGAAUUAUCGGGGACCAUUGGUGAUCUCUAUUGUAAUAUUUCAGUUAAGUGUCCAAGUUUUAGUAAUGUCACAUGUAUUAGCUUUAGGCUGUCUUUGAUGAAAUUGUUCCCAAGUAUGUUCCAACUACGAAUAUAAGCCACUAGUUUUGGUAACGAGGGUGUGUUUCGGAACUUCCCUGUGGUCCAUAUAGUAGCAGUAGCCGUUGAUCUUGAAGUAAGGAACUGGUUCAAACUCGUGUUAUAGCCCUUGCUGUCCUCAUUGACAAGAAACAUGGAAAGAAAUUGCCACUGUAUGCUCGUGAUAAGAGCAUAUGCUUCUAACAGUCCUUGGAUAAUUGGAUUCUUGAUGGAUAUUUUUGGGGCCAUCUUGAUGUUGCUCGCACUAUCUCAGGCUCCUGUAUCGGUGAUUCAACCUGUUUCUGGCUGCGGACUUGCCAUUCUCUCAGUGUUUUCUCAUUUUUAUCUAAAAGAGUUCAUGAAUGCCAUCGACUGGAUCGGAAUUGCUUUGGCUGGUAUUGGCACUAUAGGUGUUGGUGCUGGAGGAGAAGAACAAAAUUCACCAUCCAUCUCAAUUAUGUAUUUACCAUGGCUGGCAUUUGUUGUAGUGCUCGUGUUUGUUCUUCUUAAUGGAUGGCUUCGUGUGUAUAGACGGCAAAGAAGAGAACAAGAGUUGAUGCAAUACGAAGUGGUCGAGGAAAUCAUUUAUGGCUUGGAGUCCGGAAUCCUAUUCGGGAUUGCAUCUGUAAUAUCAAAGAUGGGAUUCUUGUUCUUGGAGCAAGGAUCUUCCAAGUUAUUGCUUCCCGUUUGUGUCUCGAUCAGCAUAACGUGCAGUGCCUCUGGAUUUAUUUACCAGACCCGUGGUUUGAAGCACGGAAGAGCAAUCGUCGUGUCCACGUGUGCAGCUGUUGCCUCGAUCAUGACUGGUGUGCUUUCCGGCAUGUUUGCACUUGGCGAACAGCUGCCUUCGGCCCCCACAUCUCGCCUAUUGCUUCUCCUCGGAUGGCUCUUCAUCAUCCUCGGAGUGAUCCUGCUGGUAUCUUCGUCAAGGUUGAUGCAACACCUCCGGAGGCCGUGGAGACGCUUCACACGAGGCGGGAUCGAGAGGAGUUUCGUCCAAAGGCAGGGGAGCUCGGCCCGUGCAAGGAACACAAUCCCGAGCACCGUGAUCCAAGCGAGCACGCUGCAUCAUUUGAUACCGCCCCCUGCGAAAGCGAAAGCUUGAGCUAUUUUGAUUCGGUUCGAGUGUACAGUUUUAUGUUGCGUUUUGGGGAUUUCAUAAAAUGUUGAAUAGACAUAAUUUUGAAAUAGCUAAAGCCUAAAAAUCAUUGGAGAAUACAAUUUUAUUUUUUCAGACCACAAAUACAAAGAUUUCUUGAAUUUCCAA